AUGUUGUUACUGCUUUUUAUCGUAGUAAUAACAACAGCAACGCUUCAAUUUAGCAAAAUUCUUGCGCAUUCUGUCUUUUUCCUUUCGAUCGCUCAUGAUAAUAAUCAUCAAGCCCUCUCUUUUUACGGAGAUGUUCUGUAUAAAACUACAAGUUUCUUCAUCAAUUGUUUGUUUGUGAAACAUUUCACAAUGAAAGUUAUUGUCAAUUUUGGUGAAAAGAAAGUUGUCGUACCAUGCGGUUUAAAUGGCGAUAUAUCCAUACGUGAAUUGAUUCACUCGGCAACUACUAAAUAUUCCAAACUGUCAUACAACAGUGGUCCAAUUUUAAACAGUGAUCAAGUUCACUUACGAUUAAAUAAUGGUGCUGUCGUCGAUUCUGACGAUCGUGUGUGCGAUGUAGUCGAUGAUCGAGAAGAAUUAUUCGCUAUUAUUGAUUCUCAUCAAUCAACUUAUCCAUUAUAUACACCGCCGACAAUGAAUAGCAAUGGAGAAUUAUCUUCAAGUGUAACUAGUUCUAAUCUUUCAUCAAGUUUGUCCGAACACGAUCGUUUAAUGAUUCCAUCUUCAACAAAUCGUCAUGAAGUGAUUGUAACUGACGCUGAUCUGCAAAAUCGAUUUUUACGGGUUAAAAACGAUACUAAUUACAGUUCUCAACAGUCAAUCUCUCAUCAAUCAUCAUCUUCAACGAACAAAAUGACCUAUCGGCAAACAAAUUCUCCGCCAACGCAAGAUGCAAUAAAAAAGUCAUUCUCGGAUGAUAGUGUUGAAAUGCACAAUGUUUAUAUUGAUGAUAAAACUGGUGAUAAAGUAUUCUCGAUUAUUUUGCCCAAAGAAAAUAGUCCAUUGGGUAUACAUGUAAUACCUUACAAUGGUGAUGAAGAACAAGUGAACGGGCUUGUUUUGCAAAAUAUUGAGGCUGAUGGACGGGUUAAACGACAUGGUAUUUUACAAAUUAAUGAUCGAAUUGUUGAAAUCAAUCGAAUAAAUAUCGAACGGUGCUCAUUUGACAAAGCUCAACUAAUCUUUCGCACUGCUCUACUUGAGCCCGAAUUGGAGUUGCAAAUCGUUCGAACUACGAAAAAAUCAUCGAAUCCAUCUUCGUUUCGUGCAACCGACAAACCACGUACGACACUCUCCGAAAUCAAUCAAAAUAACGAUCUUUCAUCUACUGAUCACGGCCCAAACAUGAAUUCAUUAAACACACGACGAUUAGGAAAAAUUAUUAAAAUCACACUAGUAAAAGGAAAUGAUGGUCUUGGCUUUAAACUUGCGUCUCGAGAUAAUCCUACCGGUGUUGCUAAUCCAAUCUAUGUUAAAACUAUAUUUCCAAAAGGCGCAGCGAUCGAAGAUGGAUCUUUACAACGUGGUGAUCGAUUACUAUCCGUCAAUUCUAUCGAUGUUACACAAAUGUCAUUGCAAGAAACAGUCGGCUUAUUGCGUGAGACGCGUGUUGGUGAUACAGUCGAACUCCGUGUAUCAAGACAAUGCGAUGGUUCAGGAACAACAGAUUCCGGAAAUGAUGGAACAUCUGUCAUGGAUAGAACAACAAAUGAAAUCAAGCCACAAAUAAUGACAUUCGAUAUACCUUUGAAUGAUACAUCAUCAGCCGGUCUGGGAAUAACUCUUAAAGGCAAAACCUCAAUUGUUGAUGGACAAUCAGUCGAUUUAGGAAUAUUCGUUAAAAGUAUCUUAACUGGCGGUGCAGCAUCUCGAGACAAUCGACUGCGCUCAAAUGAUCAAAUUCUCAUUAUUAAUGAUUCAUCCUUAAUCAAUAUAUCGAAUUCAGACGCUGCUACUAUUUUACAUGAAUCUGUUCGUCGUGAAAUACAUCCAGGUUAUAUUAAAGUAACAAUAUCUCGUUUGCCGAAAACGUCCGACAAUGAUCAAGAACGUUUAAAUUCAUCCAGACAUGUGAAAGAGGUUGAUUUAGUACUUCCUGUAUUCCAAUCGGCAGUUUCAUUCAAAGAUGAUGAAAAUGAACUAGAUUUGACAACUUAUGUUCCGCCGUCGAUCAGCCGAAAACCACUUGUGCAACAAUUAAGUAACCAAGAUCAUCAAUCUUCUAGUCCUCGAUCAUUAUCAUCAUCAUCGGGCAAUAAACAAAGCCUCAAUCAAUACGAAAAUGAUCUACAAACUCCCGAUGAUGUCGAUAGUAAUAGGACAAAUCCAUUCGAACGUGAAACUCUAUUUCGUCAAAGUGUUUCCGAGAAACGUCGUUUAACACAUCAACCUAACAAACAAGUCAUUCAAUGGAAACAGCGAUCAUUUCAUGAAGGUCGAACUCAAGCUGAACGAAAAUCAUAUCCGAUAUCGACUGCAGCAUCAAUUGAAAUUCUUACACCUCUCAUUGACAUCUCCGAUGAUGAUGAUGGUGACGAUGAUUUCGAUAAGACAGAUCAUGAUUGUCGUUAUUCCGUGAAUAGACGAGCAGAACAACCAAUACCGCCAUUACCAAAAUCAGCUUCGAAUAGAAACCGUGCAUCACCUGGUUUGAUUCGCUCGUCGUCAUUGGAAAGUAUUCCGAAGAUCUUAGACGAACGCGAAUCGUCUAACGCUACAACAAUUCAUGACGGAGAACAAAAGCGUCAGGCAAAGCUUCGUAGUCGAGCAUGUAAUGACUCAUUUCGACAAGCUGUGGACAAAUCCUACGGUCACAAUUCCAAUCUCAAUGAUGAGGAUUCAACAAAUGCAGACACAUUGAAUAAAGUCGAAAAACAACGAUUUCGUUUUUCAAAUUUAUUUGCGAAUAAAUCAAAACGAAAAGAACAAUCAGAAGAAAAUAGCAGAACAUUUAAACCAAUUCCUCUCCAUUAUCAGUUAGCUCCUCAUGACAGCCGACCGACAUUUCAUCCACCACCACCGCCUGCUCCUUUUAGUUCUCGGAAAGAUUCGGCUUCAUCGUCUUCGUCUUCAUCUGCACGUCGAUCAUCAAAAAAAAAGAACGAUCGUCCUUCAGGAAUAUUUUCAUACUCAUUGUCAUCGAAUGAUAAUCCACAACAGCCGCAAGGCUAUCAACCAUACCGUUUCGAUACGUCUACUCAAACGCCGUCUAUCAGUAAACCAAAAUCUGAACAUUUUACAUCAACACGUCAUGAAUCUCAUGGUAUCCAUGAUUAUCAACCGAAGACUACCUUGGCUCAGUCUUCCCUCUCAAUGACUAAUCAAAAAUCAUCUCAUCCACCCAUUCCUCGUCAAUUCAUUCAUACGAAUAUGAAUGGUUCUCAAUCCUUAAAAAACCAUCAACCAACAUCGUAUCCGUCGAUUCUACCAACCCCGACUCGCUCACCUUAUCCAUCUACAUUCACCGUCCAAUCAUCGCAUUUUACAUCCUACAGUCAUAAUAUGGAUCAUUCAAUGGGUCCAUCUCAACAACAACAACCCAAACGAAUGGGUUAUGCGUCAGCACCAAUUUAUCCGCCAUCGCGAAAUUAUUUUCAUUUAGAAAAUCCAGCAAACGUUUGA